AAGUAGAAGUAUUUCAAAGACCUUCCUGGCUGCUUCCAUUUGAGACUUUCUUCAUUUCCUUCCAUUUAGACUUUUGAGUUCAAACUAAUUAAAUGUGUCAAAAUCCCCCAAACUCCCCUCCACCUAUAAAGUUCUAAUCAAAUUCCCCAUUAUCUUGAUCAACCACUUCAAUUUCUUGAUUCAAUUAUCUACAACCCCAAAAACAAAACUCCCUAAAAAGCCAAUUCUUGAACCAUUUGGAACAUACCCAAAUCCUUCAAAUCUUGGUUUUUGUAGAAUCAAGAAAAGGGGGAAUAAAAACCCAAUCUUGAAGUUUGUUUUUUUCACCAAAAAAUGGAUAAUAAGCUGUUAACAAGUAAUUUGGUGUUGUUUUUAUCAAUCUUGUUAACUCUAUUUACUUCUUCUUAUGGUCAAAAUUGUUCAACUCAUCAAUUUAGAAGCAACAAUGUUUUUACAACUUGCAAUCCUUUACCUGUUCUAAACUCUUUUCUUCACUGGACCUACCACCCUACUAACCACACAGUAGAUCUUGCUUACAGACAUGGUGGUGUCACAGAGUCUGCUUGGGUAGCUUGGGCUUUGAAUCUUGAUAGUUCAAGAAUGGUAGGAUCUCAAUGUUUAAUUGCUUUAAGAAAUUCUAGUGGACAAAUUCAUGCCUACACUUCACCUAUUACUAGCUACGGAACUCAGUUAACAGAGGGUCCUUUGAGCUUUCAAGUGCCAAGAAUUUCAGCAGAGUUUGUAGACAGUGAGAUGAUCAUUUUCGCCACUUUGGAACUUCCUAGUGGUAGGACUAGUUUUAAUCAGGUAUGGCAAAAUGGUCAAGUAUCUGGACAAGCUUUACAAGCACAUCAAAUGAGUGGUGAAAACACUAGGAGUAUGGGGACUGUGGAUUUUGCCAACGGACAAACCUCAGGGGGGACUGGUGGAGGUAUAUCAGCCAGUACUAGACAACGUCGAAGAAACGUUCAUGGAGUGUUAAAUGCAGUUAGUUGGGGUGUUUUGAUGCCAAUGGGUGCUAUAUUUGCAAGGUACUUGAAAGUGUUCAAGUCAGCUAAUCCAGCUUGGUUUUAUCUACAUGCUGCUUGCCAAACUGCUGCUUAUGCUGUUGGUGUUGCUGGAUGGGGCACUGGUCUCAAACUUGGCAGUGAUUCUGUUGGAAUUAAAUUCAACACUCACAGAAAUAUUGGCAUCACUCUGUUCUGUCUUGGAACCCUUCAGGUUUUUGCCUUGCUAUUGAGGCCAAAGCCAGACCACAAGUACAGACUCUACUGGAGCAUCUACCACCAUGUUACUGGAUACACUGUCAUCAUUCUUAGCAUCAUCAAUGUGUUUGAGGGAUUUGAUGCCUUAAAUGGACAGAAGAAUUGGAAAAAGGCUUACAUUGGUGUGAUCAUAUUCUUGGGAGCCAUUGCAGUUUUGUUGGAGGCCAUUACUUGGUUCAUUGUCAUUAAAAGGAAAAAAACAACAUCUGUUUCUGACAAGUAUCCUCAUGGGAAUGGGGCUAAUGGAUAUGCCAGCAGGUCGCACGACCAAACCGCGUAAAUAAAUAUGUGUUCUCUCUAAUAAAUCAUACUAUAUUAUUUUUGAAUUCGUUAUAGAUAUGAGGCUUGUUAUGUAUGUUUUUAGUUGAGAUGUUAUUAAUUUAUGAUGUUUAGCAUCAGAUUUUUGGUUGCUAGAUUUAAAUUCUCUUAUAGAUGGAUAUGGCUGUAAUUUGUUCUUUGUGUAAUAUAUACAUGUUGUGUACCGCCUA